AUGUUCCUCCGCUGGCUCUCCUCCCGCCUUCUUGUCGGCCUUCUCCCGCUUGCCGUCAUCACCACCGUCUAUCUCUACCUCUACCCCGUUUUCUCCGGCUGCGCAUACCCUCUCCCUCUCGACCCUUCCAAUGCCUCAUCACACACCAGCGCAUUCCUCCACACCCUCCAGCAACAUGUCGCACCGCAGCCCGCCCCGGAACCGGAACCAGCAAUCUUCCGCCUCCUCGUCCUAGCCGACCCGCAGCUCGAGGGCGACAGCUCCCUCCCACGCCCGCAAUACAAACUUGGAGCCAGACUCCAGAAACAUUGGAACAACACUCUCACAUCCAUAACCGCGACGCCAUAUCCGGUCCCCACCGAGGUGUGGAGGACUGUCUCGGAGGCUCUGCAGAGCCUCAUACGGAAGGACAUCCCGCGCGCCUUAUCUGCCGUGCGAAAGCGGCUCGACCUUUUAGGAAACGACUAUUACUUAGCUCAUAUUUAUCGCACGUUGCAUUGGUGGACGCGGCCGACACAUGUUACAGUUUUGGGCGAUCUGAUUGGGAGCCAAUGGGUGACGGACGAGGAGUUUCAGCGUCGUGGAGAGCGGUAUUGGCACCGUGUGUUUCCAGGGGGAGAACGAGUUAGCGAUGAGAUUACCCGGACGGGAGAAAAUGAUUAUGCCACCGAGAGUGGUAAAGAAGGGGGCAUGGUGUUAGAGGAACUGCCUUCUUCACCGUCUUGGGCUCACCGGAUCAUUAAUAUCGUGGGGAACCAUGAUGUUGGUUAUUCCGGUGACGCGAGUGAGAAGCGCAUUGAACGCUUCGAGCGUGUUUUCGGCCGCGCGAACUGGGAUAUACGAUUCGAGCACCCUCAUUUAACGGGAGACGGAGGAGGGCGUAAGCCUACCCUGCACUUGAUUAACCUGAACAGUCUGACGCUGGACGGGCCACCAUUCUCCCAGGAUGUCCAGGGCCAUGGCUAUGCUUACAUUAACGAUAUAAUCUCGCACCGAUCGUAUCCAGUUGAUGACCCCUCUACGUUCACUCUCCUCCUAACCCAUCUUCCGCUACAUAAAAAAGAUGGUGUCUGCACGGAUGGGCCAUACUUUACCUAUUUCGAUGCAGACGAUGAGCGACAAGAUCCGCCGCGGUGGAAGGCCGGCGGGUUGCGCGAACAAAACCAUCUUAGCGAACACGUCACCACAAACGGUAUCCUCGAGGGCCUCUUCGGUAUGAGUGGUGAUGAGGGAGCGGUAAAUGGUGGAAUUGGUCGCAACGGCCUGAUCUUGACUGGCCACGACCAUACGGGCUGCGACGUGGUUCAUUCCAUACAAAAGCUACCACCGCCAUCUAACAAUGAUGACCUACUGAACACCAAUGACACCGUUCCCAGCGAAGACCUCACCGACCAGCCAAGCUGGACAUGGGACGCAACCCGCCACAACUCCUCCAAGCCCCAUAACAGCCGCCAACCCUCCUCGAGCCCCUCCAUCAGAGAAAUCACCCUCCGCUCCAUGAUGGGCGAGUUCGGCGGAAACGCAGGUCUCCUAUCUCUAUGGUUUGACUCAAACGCUACGGAGUGGAAAUACGCUAUAUCGAUGUGUCCCGCUGGCGUGCAACAUAUUUGGUGGGCAGUGCAUGUGAUUGAUCUCAUCACGCUCAUUGUCGCUGGGCUGUACGUUGCGGUAUCGGUUGUUGGUGCCGGCAGUUUUGGAUCAUCGUCACCGCGCCCAGUUGUCGGGGGUGAUAAGAAGACAAGGUAA